AUGGCUGAUUACGAACGAAAAGUGCUCGAAUUCUACCAGCUCCCCACUCCUUACCCCGAGAAAUGGCCCGCAGAGAAGGAUGCCGAGGAGGAAUCCGCCGAAGAUGACCACGGCGCGAAGAAAGAUCGGCGAAAGUCGCGUUACGAAGCCCUCGAAUCGGCCUUUGGGGCCCGGAGAAGCUUUGUUGGGGAAAAUGGACAAGGUGGAAUAGGCAAUCUAGUACAAAAGGAUGAGCCAGACCCCUUAGGAACCUCGGACAGCGUUGUGAGGUCGUUGCAGCAGCUGGGCCUGCCGGUACAGGACGAUGCCCGACUGAGAAACCGAUUCAUGCUUUCUUCCACCACCUUCUCCCCGGCCCUGUUUCUCUCUCAAAUGCACUCGAAUGCCGAUACCAAUACCUUGUUGCAAGGUCUCGAUGUUCUGUCGCAAUCGAUAGAUCAGAAGUCAGCAUCGCUCAAAGUCCUUGUCGAAAGCAACUUUGAGCGUUUCGUGAAAGCAAAGGCAACCAUUGACAAUGUCUACAAGGAAAUGAAGUAUCGCGGCGUCGACCCGGUCCAGCAACGACAAUCCGGCCGCCAUUCACGCCAUGUCAGUCGUCCAAGCGUUGGACGCAGCAGUGCUAGCGGUCCCGGCAUGGGCCUCAAUAACCCUCUCUCUCCUCCCAUGCCAGACAACCGGAAAAAAAAUGCCUUGAUCAAGGAAAGCGAAUACGGUGUCAUGGGUAUCAAGGUGCCACUCCUAGAUGUAUCUGCCAAGGCAGAAGAUGUUUGGGGUCCUGCGCUCGGUGGUCGUGAAAAGGAGAAACACUUGCGCAACGUCUUAGCCUGCUUGGAUGAUUUUAGGGAUCUCGUCGAAUUGAGUGCAACUGUAGCGGACAGUAUUAAGCGCAAAGACUAUGACACCCUGGUGGAGAGCUAUAACCGAGCGAGAAGGUUUGCCGACGAAGCAAAACAGCUGUCUAGAGAGCUCAAUGGGAGGUCGCCAAGUGACAAGAAAUUAUACAAGUUGGUUCUUACGGGACGUAUGUGGAAUGACGUGGAUCAGCAGGUACAAGCUUUCAAGAAGGAUAUAUGGAAGAAGUUGGGGUCGCUACACUUCUCAAGAUCAGAAAGCAUGGGUGGUAGGCAGCAGGAUCAGCACAUGGAGCUGAUUGGACUGUUGCUCGAGCUGGGUGUUGAAGACAAUCCCAUCUGGGUCUGGCUUCAAAGCAGGCAUGAUCACUUACGAAGCAAGAUUCAAGGUUCAGCCGAUCGGUCCAAAGUCGAAAUCGAGGUUCUUCGACGCAGACUCGCUAACAACGAGAAACCGGCACCUCAAAUCUUGGCCUCGUACUUGCGAACGCUAGGUCGUCAAUCCAUUGAAGGCAAGAUUCCAUCGUCGGAUUCCACCGACGUCAUUGAACUCUGGGACAAGAUGCUUGCUUUUUUGGCCGGUCUCAUCUCGUCACAAGGCAUUCUGGGAGAAGUAGUAGAGUUUUGGCAGACUGCUCAAGGUUUCAUUAAUGGCAAAACACAACAGUCUCUCCCAGUGGGAUACAAUGGAGAGUCCCGAAGCCAGCAUCAGCUUUCACCGCAGGCUGUGGGUGACUUGGAAAAGGGAAUGGUCGAAUUGGUUGAACUUUUGCGAGAACACGUCCACGCGUUCUUUGUCGAGAUUCCACCUGAAGAUAUUUCGCUAUUGUUCUCGCCUCCACUUCUAUCGCCGAUGUCUCCCGCUUCUGCAGGCGGUGUCAACAACGCAUUGUCGCCGACUUCGCUGCGCGACCCUAGAUUCAAUUUUGACUCCAACAACCCCCCGCCCCCUUCACCCAAAAGGGGAGAGUCGUGGGAAAAGCUUGCGUUCUGGCCGCCGUGGUCGAAUUCCAUCAGCGGCGUGGAGUAUCUCUCCAAAAUGUUAUCUUUGGUUGGGUCAGCUGCUGCUGAAAUGGCCAGCCUCAGCCCUGUCUCCUCUGGUGACGACCAGGUUGUUGAGCAGCUGAAGACUCUUGUUGGUCUAUCCAGAGAUCGUUGCGUCACUGCUCUUUGCGCUGCAUGGAAUCGUGAUGCCGAAAAUAUCAAGUACGUUGAGGAUUGGCAGCGUCCUGCGGAAUCUGGCGAUGUUACGCGCAUGCCCGCAAUCUUCGCCGCGUUUGAGGGGGCCGUAUUGUCUGGGAUGCAGAAAAUCCUCUACAUUCCUGAAGCAAUGGAGAAGCCUGGCGCAGAAAAUAUUGUCCUACCACCACCAACAAAGCUAUUGCAAAUGGUUCGCAGUCAAUACGUUACCACAUUGUAUAAGGCGCUGAGUGGGAUGGUAGAGAAUGCGGAGCGAUCGCUCAAGAAGAAUGACGACGAAUGGGCAGUUUCGCAGGAUGUUUCACCGGCAUAUGUGCCUAAUUCCAUCCCCAGCAAGAGUAUCCUGGACGCUGGUGAUCGAGUAAGUCUCAAACCACACACCCGCUGUAAAUCACCUCUUUUUGUUGACCACAGACAACAGAACAUUCGCAUGCUCCUAACUCUCAGCAAUCUCCAAGCCCUCCGCUCCCAAGUCGUCCCCAGCCUCAAUUCGCAGUUUGAAAAUGCCUUCUCCGUCAAACUCACCGACGAAUCCAAAACCAUCCGCGACGUCCUCGGCCAGAUCGACGCCCGCCUCUUCCAAUCAUACACCAAACAAUCUAUCGAGACCCUCCAUGCGAUCAUAUCUGCAGGUCUCUCCCUCGCCGACUGGGAACCGCCGGUGAAUACCCGCCCAUCCACCGCAAAACCCUACAUCUACGAAGCUCUCCUUGCCCUCGUCCUCGUGCACUCCCAGGUGUCCACCACUGCACCCUCACUCACCUCCCAAGUAUUAUCAUUCUUGCUCGAGCAGACGUCCCUCCAACUACUGGAUGCGUUCCGCAAACGUCCCCGCUACUCACUUGAGGCUCUUAUGCAGGCUACCCUCGACGUAGAGUUUGUUGCCCAAACGCUAAGCCAGUAUACCACUGAUAAGGCCUCAGAGCUGCAGAGCCAAAUUUAUCAGGAGCUGGAUGGGCGUACGGAUAAUGACGCUCGUGCUAGGUUGCAAAGCGAGUUACCUGAGAUGAGGAGCAUCCUGAAGAAGCUGAGGGAGGCGACUAAGGCCGAGUUUGCGUGUUUCAAGAAGCAAAAGCGAUCGGGGCCAAAGGUUGACCCCGGAGCCGCGUCGAGCAAGGAGCAGGCCUGA